UUAGUGGUCUGGUUGGCCUCAGUUACCACCGCAAAUACAUCAUCAAUCCUACCUUUCAUUCUUCUCCCAUUUGGCCUCAUUGUUUCACAGUCGUAUAUUGCCCAUUUCAUCCAUCCGUCCGUCCGUCCAUCCAUCUCUCCAUUGUUGAUACAUUGUUCCAUGUUGGGAGAACUGGAGGGAGAUGGUGAGAAAGAACAGGAGUUGGGUAAAGGGAAAGAGAUUGUAGGGGAAGAGGGUGAAGAAAUGAGAGAAAGUAGAGCUAUGGUUGAGAAGAGGCAGGAUAAGCUUUAUCCUGCUCCAUUGGUUUCCCAUGAGGAGGUUGUAAGCGACCGUUCUGUUUUCAUGGACACCCUCCGGCAGUUCCAUGCUACCAUGGGUACAAAGUUCAUGGUGCCUGUGAUAGGAGGCAAGGAUCUUGACUUACAUCUCCUCUAUAUUCUAGUCACUCAGAAGGGGGGUAUUGAAAAGGUCAUUGUGGAGAAAAGAUGGAGGGAGGUCAUUGCCGCAUUCAACUUUCCUCGCACCACCACGAGUGCAUCUUUUGUACUUAGAAAGUAUUAUUUAAGUCUUUUACAUCAGUACGAGCAAGUGUAUUUCUUUGGAGCUCAAGGCCCUCUCAUACUUCCAUCAGCUUGUUUGCAAACUAAGACUCUACAUAGAAAGCUUGAUCAAAAUGAGUCUGUUUUGGACCCAGCCAUGGCAGCAUACAGGAGGAGGAAGAGAACAUUCCCAGGUUCCCAAUCAAAUGCCUCUUGCUCUGUCCCUCAGCUCCUUCCUCCUAUGGGAAGCCAGCAAACAAUAGCUAAUGGCAAUGGACUUGCAGCAUUUGCUUCCAUCCCUCGUGCCCCCACUCUUGAGCAAGGUAGGCUGGCAACAGGGAAAUAUAAUCUUCCAGUUACAGGAAGGAUCGUUGGGAAGUUCGAGCAUGGUUACUUUGUUACGGUGAACAUUGGCUUGCAGACCCUUCAUGGAAUACUAUAUCAUGCUCCCCAGCCUUCAGCCUCUUCCUCCAUAGCAACUCAAAACAAUGCUAUGGUCCCAUAUGUUCCCCAAACGCAAUCAAGACGCAGGCAGAGAAGGCACCGAAACCGUGACCCAGACCAUCCGAAGCCCAACAGAAGUGCCUACAACUUUUUCUUUGCUGAGAAGCAUGCUAAACUGAAGGUUCUCUAUCCUAAUAGGGAACGAGAUUUCAGCAAAAUGAUAGGAGAGGCCUGGAAUCAGCUCACUGAAGAGGAGAGGAAGGUGUAUGAUGAGUAUGGAAUGAGGGAUAAGGAGAGAUAUAGGAGAGAGAAACAGGAAUACAAGGAGAGGUUGAAGCUAGCGCAAACAGAGGCAGUGAGAGCAAAAUUCACUUGGGAUAAGCCAUCCCAAGUGAAUUCUGAAGGUUGAUAUGCUCCCUUUAGGGGGUCAAUGUUGUCAAGUUCUAAGCAAAAAGUUAGCACACUUGGUUAGGCUUCAGAGAGGGAUACACAUACAGUAAAAACAGUGCAUAGCUCAUAUCAGAAUUUCAAAUGAAUGUUUGCACUUCCAUUUUACAGUAAGAA